GGCUUUAAUCUCGACAUGUCUGUGGGGCUUCGUGCUGCGCCGCUGCAGGCCGCAGAGGAGCCUCUGAAGGCGGGGAAAAGCUCCGCGGCGGCUCGGCGUAGAGCCCUGGGAGAGAUCACCAACCAGCCCGGACCGCUGGCCGAUACCAAGAGGACGGGAUCGUCCAACAAGUCCUCCAAGUUUUCCUGCUCCCAGAAACCCAGCCGGGUCCCUGAGGUCGCGGCCCGGGUCCCUGAGGUCGCGGCCCGGGUCCCUGAGGUCGCGGCCCGGGUCCCUGAGGUCGCGGCCCGGGUCCCUGAGGUCGCGGCCCGGGUCCCGGAGGUCGCGGCCCGGGUCCCGGAGGUCGCGGCCCGGGUCCCGGAGACGCUCCCGCCUCUUCCAGAGGAUCCGUCCCUGGAGGCGGAGCAGGAACUGUGCCCGGCUUUCUCCGAGACGCUGCUGCCGGUGCCGGACGUGGAUGAGCAGGACGCGGCGGAGCCGCAGCUCUGCUCUCACUACGUCAAGGACAUCUACGCCUACCUGCAGAGUCUGGAGGUGCAGCAGGCCAUCCGGGCCGACUACCUGAAGGGGUCGGAGGUCACGGCGGCCAUGAGGGCGAUCCUGGUGGACUGGUUGAUCCAGGUCCACUCUCGCUUCCAGCUGCUGCAAGAGACGCUGUACCUCACCGUGGCCGUCCUGGACCGCUUCCUGCAGGUCCAGCCGGUGUCCCGCAGGAAGCUGCAGCUGGCCGGCGUGGCCGCCAUGCUGGUGGCCUGUAAGUACGAGGAGAUGUUCUGCCCGGAGGUGGGAGACUUCGCCUACAUCACGGAUGACGCCUUCAGCAAGGCCCAGAUCCUGGAGAUGGAGCAGCUGGUGCUGAAGCGGCUCGGCUUCCAGCUGGGCCGCCCGCUGCCGCUGCACUUCCUGCGCCGAGCCUCCAAGGUGGCAAACACCGACGUAGAGAAGCACACGCUGGCCAAGUACCUGAUGGAGCUGACCCUGCUGGACUACCAGAUGGUCCACGUGCGGCCCUCUGAGGUCGCCGCCGCCUCCCUGUGUCUGUCCCAGCUGCUGGUGGACGGCCUGCCCUGGUCGCCCACGCAGCAGCACUACUCCACCUAUGACGAGGCCCACCUGCAGCCAAUCAUGCAGCAGUUGGCAAAGAACGUGGUUCUGGUGAACGAGGGGAGGACCAAGUUCCAGGCGGUGAGGAAGAAGUACUCCAGCAGCAAACUGAUGAAGAUCAGCCUCCUUCCUCAGCUGAACUCCUCCAUCAUCCAGAAGCUGGCGGCUCCUCUGCUAACGGAGUCCUGAGACCCGGGAACGUUUUCCUGUACUUUAACUGUUUGCACUUUAGUUUUGGAUUUGUUCUCUUGCAUAUUUGAUAAAAUGUUUUUAUAAAUUUUCA